AUGGCGGAGCGAUACAUUCCCGAGCACCGUCGGACCCAGUUCAAGGCGAAGAACACCUUCAAGCCGGAAGAGCUGCGUCGCCGCCGCGAGGAGCAGCAGGUUGAAAUUCGAAAGGCCAAGAGAGAAGAGAACCUUGCGAAGCGUCGAGGUAUUGGCACCGGUGAGAAUCGUCCUGGUGCCUCGCUCGGUGCCGCCCCCGACAGUGACGAUGAGUCCGCCCCCACAGAAUCUCAGUUGAACGAGGAUCUUCCUCAAAUGGUACAGGGAGUCUUCUCAGACCAAGUCGAUUUGCAGAUUCAGGCCACCACGAAAUUCCGAAAGCUCUUAUCCAAAGAGCGCAAUCCCCCGAUCGAAGAGGUUAUCAAGACCGGUGUCGUCAGCCGCUUCGUUGAGUUCUUGCGAUCUCGUCAUACUCUUGUACAGUUCGAGGCUGCUUGGGCUUUGACCAACAUUGCCUCCGGCUCAGCUAGUCAGACACAGGUGGUCAUUGAAGCUGGUGCCGUCCCUAUCUUUGUUGAACUUUUGGCCAGCACCGAGCCUGAUGUCAGGGAACAAGCUGUGUGGGCCUUGGGUAACAUUGCCGGUGACAGUCCUCAGUGCCGCGACUAUGUUCUCAGUUGCGGUGCCCUCAAGCCUCUGCUGAACUUGCUUGGCGAUAGCCGCAAACUCAGCAUGUUGCGCAAUGCUACCUGGACCCUGAGCAAUUUCUGCCGUGGCAAGAUGCCUCAGCCCGAUUGGAAUACCAUUGCUCCCGCUCUUCCCGUUUUGUCGAAGCUUGUGUACUCUUUGGACGACGAGGUCCUUAUUGAUGCCUGCUGGGCUAUCUCGUAUCUUUCGGAUGGCUCCAAUGACAAGAUCCAAGCCGUUAUUGAGGCUGGUAUUCCCCGCCGAUUGGUGGAGCUUCUGAUGCACGCUUCUACUUCUGUCCAGACUCCCGCUCUUCGAUCCGUCGGUAACAUUGUCACUGGCGAUGAUAUUCAAACGCAAGUCAUCAUCAACUGUGGUGCUUUGCCCUGCCUCCUGUCUCUGCUGAGUUCGACCAAGGAUGGCAUUCGCAAGGAGGCUUGUUGGACGAUCUCCAAUAUCACAGCAGGUAACACCUCUCAGAUUCAGGCAGUUAUCGAUGCCAACAUUAUUCCUCCCUUGAUUCACCUCCUCCAGAACGGUGACCUGAAGACCCGCAAGGAGGCCUGCUGGGCCAUUAGCAACGCCACUUCUGGGGCUCUCCAGAAGCCUGAACAGAUUCGAUACCUGGUGUCUCAGGGCUGCAUCAAACCCCUGUGUGACCUGUUGACGUGUCCCGACAACAAGAUCAUUCAGGUUGCCCUCGACGGCCUUGAGAAUAUCCUCAAGAUUGGAGACCUUGACAAGCAGGCGGCCGGUGAAGGUGCUGAGGCAAUCAACCGAUUUGCCCUUUUCAUCGAGGAGUGUGGUGGAAUGGAAAAGAUACACGACUGCCAGAACAACGCCAACGAGGAUAUUUACAUGAAGGCCUACAACAUUAUUGAGAAGUACUUCUCCGAUGAUGAAGAGAAUGCGGAUGAGGGCAUGGCCCAGCCUGCAGGUCCCAAUGGCACCUUUGGCUUUGGCACUAAUGGUGCCGCUCAGUCUGGGGGUUUCAAUUUCGCCAACGGUGGCGACUCCAUGGACAUGUAA